AUGGCAGAUUCAUUGCCGGCGACCUCAACCUCAUUUUAUCCGCUGCCCACCGAGCCAGAUCUUACAGAGGCCACACAACCUUCUGGCUCUGCAUCUAUACAUCUUUCUGCAGCAUGGAUUCCUCCCUCGCAGCAACUCGUUGUGCUCUCCUCCAUAACCCUCGUAGCAACUCCCUCAACCUUGCCUUCGAAUUCGGAAGCCGACCAGCAGCGUUCGGGAACCCCAGGAGAAUCCACGCAAAAUGAACAAACAGAACAACCGCAGCAACCAGUCAUGCACCCCAGGCCAUCUCAACCCGAAUCCCACGAUCCCUUCUUCAUCCCCGAAUCUAUCCUCCUUGACAGUCCCGUUUCUGCACAGACCGAGAGUAAAUUCCUCCAGCUUCCGCCCGAGCUCCUCACCGACAUCUUGAAAAAGGUCAAAAUCCCUUACUUCCAAGUAUCCCUGGCCCUGACCUGCAAAACCAUGGCGCGCAUCGCCGCCCAAAAGAACGUGCUCUCCCCGUGGCGCGGCUACCGUGACAAGGACGGCCUCUACCGCCUUCUCGAGCGGAAAAACAAUUUCAUACCGCCACACAUGAGGCUAUGUCGUGCAUGUUUCAAGUUUCUGCCCAGUACUGCGGGAGAGUAUUGGAACAAGCAGAUGUCAGCCGAGGAGUUUGAUAAACCGAGUGUCAACUGGUACGAUGUCUUGAUGUGGUUCUAUGCAGAAUCGGGCUUUCAGUAUCGGUGUCCCUGGUGUUGUGCAUUCGACUAUUCGGGCUACGCGAGUGAAGGAUUUUACAACAAACAGAGGGCAAAAGAAGUGCUCGAGGACCAUGAACUCAUGCAUCCGGAGCUGAACAGGAGGAUGGAUAGGCCGUGA